AUGAAAAGAGUGAAGCAAGAGGUUCUUCUUACGAGAAGGCACCGGCCAUUCGCCCCCGCACACAUCCAUCACUACGCAACCUGUACCAGUUCCACAAUAUUCGACACUACCGAUACCCAAGUCAACGCACCGGUUAAAAUGGUAUUUUUGGUGGGCGUUUGUGCAGCACCAGAUGGCUUUAGCUUCCACCUGGGACUGCUCAAGGAUGAGACCCAGGACGAGGAGAAUGGUGAUGAAACACUUGAGCUGUCCUUUGCCUUCCAUGAGGAUUUUCCAAGGAGCAGAGAGGGCGAAACUCAUGCAAAUGUUCAGAUGAUGUGUGGGUGA